CGCAGCCAUUUUGAGAUCACCGGAGUGCUAAUCUUAUACAGUAACCUUAGCUCGUCGUUUUUCAAAGAUGACUGAUCAGCUUUGUAAACUUUUCGUCGGUGGACUGAACGUAGACACCGACGAUGAUGGCUUGCGCAAGCACUUCGAGCAGUAUGGUACGCUUACCGACUGUGUUGUGGUCGUGAACAAGCAGCUACAGCGGUCCCGCUGUUUUGGCUUUGUGACCUACUCCACACCGGAGGAGGCCGACGCAGCAAUGUCGGCUAGGCCGCACACCGUCGACGGCAACGCGGUCGAGGUGAAGCGGGCCGUGGCAAGAGAAGACGCCAACAAACCCGAAGCCCUCGCAAAAGUGAAGAAAAUCUUCGUUGGAGGCCUGAAAGACGAUAUUGAAGAAGCACAUCUGUCCGAAUACUUCUCCCAGUAUGGCCAAAUCGAAAAGGCCGAAGUCAUCUCAGACAAAGAGACCGGAAAGAAAAGGGGGUUCGGCUUUGUUUACUUCACCGAUCACGACGCAGCCGACAAGGCGGUUGUGGUGAAGUUCCACACAGUUAAUGGACAUAAAGUUGAGGUGAAGAAAGCCCUGACCAAGCAGGAGAUGCAGGCCGCCAACAGAACCACAAUGGCGCCAAGAGGCAGACCGGGGAGAGGCAUGAGGGGAAAUCAAAAUGGCUACGGCAGCAGAGACUACGGCGGAGGCUACAACUACGGAAAUGGCGGAGGCUACAACUGUGGCGGCUACGGAGGGUAUGGCGGACCUUAUGGUGGUGGUGGUUAUGGAGACCAGGGAAGUGGCUACGGUGGCGGAAAUGGCUACAACGAGUUUGGCAGUGGGUAUGGCCAGCAGUCCUCUGGUUAUGGCCCCAUGAAAGGGCCACCCUUCGGCGGUCAAAGGAGCGCUGCACCCUACAGCAGAGGAGGCGGCGGCGGUGGUUUCUACCCGAGGGGGGGCUAUGGCGGCGGCUACUGAGACUGCAUAAUACAAAGUCAACCACCCAUCCCCAUGCCACAAAUGACCUCCAGCCAGGAUUUGGACGCCGAAACUCAAAUUCAGUUACGGGGCGUCUGCCGUGAAAUCCAACCAUGGCAGAGAUACGGACACAGAGACCCCCCUAAUCAAAAUGAAGGCCUCAAAAAUCCAAACAGGUAGGAAGGUCACUUCCCAAAAAAACCUGAUGAUAAUAACGAGCAGCUGUUGUUGCCGUUCAACUAGGACACAUUAACAUGAAGAAAAAAAGUUCGGUGACCCUCUUUAUGUAGUUGUCGUCUAGAGUUGGGUUUUUUUUUAUUUGCGUUAACUCGUUUUGGAAAUUUCGAUAUUGUUUUCAUUAUCUUAAUAUUUACAUUUUUUAAGCAGUUAGUGUUUGUUUUCUUGAGUAAAUUUAGUGAUUUCAAUGUAUGAGGAUGAGAACGCAUGUCGAUGUGGUUUUGGAUUUAAUAGCCUAUGUAUGACUGGUAACAUCAGUUUGUAUAAUCAUUGACUUGGUUCAUCAAAAGCAGGGACGUGAUACUGCAGGAUCCAAUUUCCUUUGUUUCCUUACCCGCACUGUACUCAAACUCUCCUCAGGCAUAGUAAUAAUUUCAGUCUAAAUAUUGUUCAUUUUCCAUUUACCUGUGGCUAUAUCUAAUGUAUAUUGUAUACUUUCAUGUCUGGAGAACAACACCUACUGUUAAAACACUUUGGUAUGCUUAUGUAUGUUCAUUUUAAAUAAAGCGUUAUACCACUUAGCUUAGUUAUUUUACUUAUUUAACCAGGCUUCCUCAAGUUUAUCCACAGGUUUUAUAAGCAACUUCAUCUUGUUGAUCUUUAGUUACAUGGCAUCUUUCCCACAGUUUAUUCCAUUACUCUCAGGUGGGUGAAAUGGUUGGAGUCUACCCACAGCCAAUGCAUGUAGGCUUUGACCUUGUUUUUAAAGUUGUGGACAUUGCUAACAUGACUUUUUAUAUUUUUCUUUACGUAUUUUAACACAUCUACAUGAGGGCUGUGAUAUUUAUCUUUGAUUAUUCUUACAUUUAGGUGUUCUUACUCGUAUUCCUGUAGGCUAUCCCAGCCAAAAUAGCCGUAGCAGUUUGUUUGUAGGCUACAUCAAGACCCUGUUGAUUACCUGGGGUCGAUUGUGAUAGGAGUCUGAAAUAUCUCUUUAGGAUAUCCACAUCCAGCAAACUAGGUAUGUAAAUCAACCUGUCUUCACUCUGUUGCUGAACCAUGUAUGGAAUAUCUCUAAGAUGGUGCAGGUGUGUGCCCUUAUUUAAUCUUCAACAUCGUAAGUGACAACUUUAAACAUAGCUCGAUGCACCUUUUAUGUAGCUAAACUCAAAAUAAAGGGGGGAGGGGGAUACUUAAUUUGGUCCUUAAGUGGGUGGAAGGGGACCCAAGUUUUGUUCCAUUAUAUGAAAUAUUGGAAGGAGUAAAUUGGUGUCUCCUCCAGAAGACCUUGCACUGUUUGGUUUCUCACUCUGUUUCUCUCCCGUCUCUCCCAGGUUGCUAUGGUAACCUGGACAUGAGGACAUCACCCCUGAAAGAGAUGGGGUGCGUGUCUCCAAGCUGACAGGGGGACCAGAGAGUGCCGCCUUCCCCUCAGGAUAAUGAUGCUUCGAAUCGUCUUGGAGAAGAAAACAUCUGUUCAUGCUUUUAAUGAUCCACAAUAAACCUAUAUAUUUUUAUACA